UGAUUCGAUAUUUGAGCAUGUCUCGUUAGGCUGACAAGCCUUUCGCGGGUGGGGGCUUGGGAAUGCCAGUAGUUCCCACUCCCAGAGCAGGCAGGUCACCUAGCAGGAGGACACCCCAUGCCGUGCCUUUCUCUGCCGUAGCCUUGCUCCCCGCUGGGAUUUAUGGAGGUGCUGAGGAGCAGCUGUGACCCCCGCAGCCCCCGGCAGCGCGCCCCGUGAAGCAGCGCCCGGCCCGCCCUCGCCUCGUCCCGCCCGGCAUCCCGACCCUCCGACCCAACCAUUCACGGCUCCCGUGCAUGGAUCGCCCCAGCGAGGCACCGCUGCCCGACGCCGCCGACGCCGCCCCGUAGGCUCCCGGCCCCCCGUGCCGCCCCCAAGUACUCCACAUACCCCGAUGGGGUAACGUGACGGGGGCCACCCUCCCGCCACCACCGCCACCCCCCCAUAUGCAGAGGCCUUUCUAGAGCGCCCCGGGAGCGCGCGGCGCCGGAGGCGGCGGCCGCUCGCCGUCGCUCACACACGCGUGCCGAGGACACUGACACUACAGCAAAGGGAUUUCUUUCUUUUUUUUUUUUUUUUUUUAAUUAUUAUUAUUAUUAUUAUCAUUAAUUUUUUUUUCCUGCCUGGCUUUUUUGCCUCCCCCUUCCCUCAGGGAGGGGGCUUGCGGUGUGUCAGGAAGCCGGCGCGCUCCCAGGAGCUGGGAUUAUUUGCACAACGUCUGUAUAUUGAGUUCUCGAUCCUGUUUUAUUUUUAUUUUUGAAGCGCUGAAGGGUUGCUGGGGAGGGGAGGGAGUUGUUUUUUUUUUCGCCCCUCCACGCCACACUUUUCUUGGGCUUGUCCCCCCCGCCGCUGUCAGCAGCACCUCGCCUUCCCCUUGUCCCACCAUGGCCCGGAUGAACCGCCCUGCACCGGUGGAGGUCUGCUACAAAAACAUGAGGUUCCUCAUCACCCACAACCCCACCAAUGCCACACUCAACACCUUCUUGGAGGACCUGAAGAAAUACGGUGCCACCACGGUUGUGCGAGUGUGUGAAGUGACCUAUGACAAGACCCCCCUGGAGAAGGACGGCAUCACCGUCAUGGAUUGGCCCUUCGAUGAUGGAGCACCUCCUCCCAGCAAGAUAGUGGAAGACUGGCUCAACUUGCUCAAGACCAAGUUCUGCGAGGACCCUGGGUGCUGCGUGGCUGUGCACUGUGUGGCCGGGCUGGGGCGUGCUCCUGUCCUUGUUGCACUGGCCUUGAUCGAGAGCGGGAUGAAGUAUGAGGAUGCCAUCCAGUUCAUCCGACAGAAGCGCAGAGGAGCCAUCAACAGCAAGCAGCUGACGUACUUGGAAAAAUACCGACCAAAGCAGAGACUCCGAUUUAAGGACCCUCACAACCACAAGAACAAAUGCUGCAUCAUGUAACCUCAAUGACCUCUUGCCAAAACCCGUGCACACAGACACCCCGGGCACUCGCACACACCCCACCCCGUCACCCCCUCGCCCAGCCCUGCGCUCCCCCCGCCACCACCAGGGCUGGGGUGGGGGGAGGACACGGAGCAUCACCAGUGUGUUCCAGCACCCACAGCACAGCCCCAGCAAAGGCUGUUCUCUCCAGCUGCAGCCCCGAGGAAGGAAGGCAGCGCUGCCCAUUGACUCUUGGCGUUAGCAGGCAAUGAGCUCGUGCGACGGUUCUUCAUCACCUUCCUCCUCCUCCCUCUCCCCUCCCCGUUGCACUGAGAGGGGCAGGCGAAGGGUGCUUGGUUUGGAGUGAUGCAGGCAGGGCUGGGCCAGCUUAGAAGGAAUGGGGGGGGGCGGGCAGGAGGGCCAGAGCACCCCUGGAAAAACUCUUUCCCACCUCUUUCCUAUAAAUAAGGGCUGCAGCAGCGGGGAUGGAGGGGGGGAUGGUGCGGUGGCCUCGGGGGAAGGUGGUGAUGGCAGGGAGAGGUAACAGGGGCUCUUAGCUCAGUGCUGACCUUGUGAUCAUGGGAAGGGCUGAGCUAAGACCCCCAGUACUGUUCCCCUUCUCCUGGCUCCUCUGCCACUUCACCCUCCCCCUGUUGCCUCAGUGGCAGCCAGGAUGAUGCAGAUGGGGCUCACUGGGAGUUUGCUGCAGCGAAGGCAGAGCCACUGGGGACUUCGGGGACCGUGUCAGGGCUUUGAAGCACCAGCUUUGCCGGGAUCAGUGUAGGAUCAGCACUGAAUCCCCCAAAGUGUUGAAUGCUCUUACUUACAGCUUCCAAAUUCAGUGCACAGGGUGGUGGGUUCUCUGCUGUCGUGUCCCCAUCCCUCAGUUGUGACGCAAACCUCAGUGCUGGGAGUGAUGCCAUGGGGACACAGUGUGCAUCUCAGGGCACAUCCAUGUCCUCCACCACUGGCCAAGGGGCUGGGCUGCGUCUUUCCUAGGGGAUUUGGGGUGUUCCUGGCAAGAACACAUCACCAAAUUUUGCACCUGCCUUUUUUCCAUGUCUGUAACGAGGCGCCUGACACCCCGAACCCCCCCAGCAUGUGCCCUGGUGGGGUGGACUCAGAGCUGCCCCUUAGCUGGGACAUUCAACAUCUCUCAACUUUCUGCCUUUGAACGCUUGCAGCAGCUGGAGCAGUGGGCACACAGGGGUGUGGGGUUUUUUUUUCCUUUUAACAAGGAUAAAAAGAAAUUUGCUAAUUAAAGGAAAAAAAAAAACUUUAAAAAAUACCCUGUUUGUCUUCCGCACGUCCUCUGGCCUUUCUUUCUCCCAUCGCUGCCCAGUGGAGCCCAGGAGGUGACCCGUGGUCCCCCAGACU